AGCACUGGAAGGAAACAAAAGGGCGCUUUGAAAGCCACGCGCACCGCGCCGUCACUCAACCGUCUCCUAGCAACACAAAGCAGAAAUGCACCUGUGGCCCUGGAUGGAAGAGCAGAUCACGGAGCCUGUCGGUUGUCAAAAGCGCCGAGAAAUUUCAAACAUUCCACUUUCAGCGGUUAAUUAUUGAUUUAAAACGGAAGCCCUAGAAUUCUAACUGACAAUUUGCAGCAUAGAAUCGGUGGAACGUUAUUGUCUAGUAGAAUGCAGCCUGAAAUGUUAUUUUCGAAUGUUUGGGAAAGCCGGACUAUUCAUGAAAAGUCAUUUGUUUUUGUGGGGACGAGAUCGAUAUUCUGCACUUGUCUCGUCAUAAAUAGGAUCGAAUAAUGCAGGCGUUGAUUUUUCAUUUACACGGUAAGGGAAAUGAAAUCCUUAAGAAGCGUGUUUUGGGGUUCCGAAUAAUCGUGAUAUUCAAGUUCUAAAUUCUCAUGGUUUACUGUAUGUUUGACACCCACAAACACGCACGUGCGCGCACACGCCCGCUGUGACGUGUACAGAAGCUCGCUCCCGCGCAUGCAAAUCACGUUCUCCCUGGAGCCUCUCCAUUGGCCGCCCGCGCUCAUUUAGCGGCUGUCAGCGCGCGGCCCGGGCAAGCCGCGCCAACUUUUGCCAGCGCAGCUCGGAGCAAAGUGGCGCACGCACGCACGCACGCACGCACGCACGCACGCACGCACGCGGGGAUCCCAGGCUGCCUUCUUCCGGGACGAAUGACAGCAACAAAAAAAAAGGGCAACGCGGGGAAGUGAGGAACAAGUUUGCCUCUGAGACCGCGACCGCUCUAUACCACUCUCAGCAUCCUCAAGGGAGGGAGGGUGAGGCGGCCUGAAUGUUUCUUCGUGUCUGAGUGAUUCGGCCGAGACAAGGUGAAUGUACAGCAUCAUGAUGGAGACGGACUUGCACUCCCCCGCGGUGCAACAGACCAACCCGUCCAACCCCGGGGGGCACGGCGGCGGCGGCGGCGGCGGCGGCGGCGGCGGAGGCAAACUCCCCCAGGAGCGAAUCAAGAGACCCAUGAACGCCUUCAUGGUGUGGUCGCGUGGCCAGCGACGCAAGAUGGCCCAGGAGAACCCCAAGAUGCACAACUCGGAGAUCAGCAAGCGGUUGGGGGCCGAGUGGAAGGUGAUGACCGAGGCCGAGAAGCGGCCCUUCAUCGACGAGGCCAAACGGCUGCGGGCCAUGCACAUGAAGGAGCACCCGGACUACAAGUACCGGCCGCGGAGGAAGACCAAGACCUUGCUCAAGAAGGACAAGUACUCGCUGGCCGGCGGGCUUCUCGGCAACGCGGCGGCGGGCAUGGGCGGCGGGCAGCGGCUGGAGAGCCCCGGCGCGGGCGUGUACACGGCGCACGUCAACGGGUGGCCGAACGGCGCGUACUCCGCCGCGGCUGCGGCCGCUCACGCCAUGAUGCAGGAGGCGCAGCUUGCUUACACGCAACACCCGGGCGCCGGAGCUCACCCGCACCACCACGCGCACCAGCACCCGCAUAACCCGCAGCCCGUGCACAGGUACGACGUGAGCGCAUUGUCUUACAGCCCCAUCUCGAACUCCCAGAGCUACAUGAGCGCCUCUCCGCCCGUCUACGGGGGCAUCACGGGCUACACGCAUCACCAGCACCACAGCGCCGGCGUGUCACCCGUGCCGGGGGCGCUCGGGGGAACUCUGGGGACCUUGGUGAAAUCGGAGCCGAGCGCGAGCCCUCCCGUGUCCACGGCGCGCCAGCCGUGCCCCUCGGGGGACCUGCGGGACAUGAUCAGCAUGUACUUGCCCACCGGGGACGCGGCGGCCGACUCGUCCGUGCAGGGGCGCCUGCACGUGCUCCACACGCAGCACUACCAGGGAUGCGGCGCCCACGUCAACGGGACGGUUCCCCUCACGCACAUUUAAAUGUAUUGGAUCUUUUACAAGCACUCGAUCGCAACCAAAUACUCCAAGCGGUGGUGGCCCGCUGCCGCUCGCAUAUAAAUUAAGGCGUUUAAAGCCAUAAAAAUGCAAUCACCUUGAACAAAGUUUCAACCCCUCCCCGCUACCCAUUCCCAAAUGUUUUCUUCCUUUUGUCUGGCCGGGCUUGGCGGAACGCUCACGCUCAUUUAUUUGAGCUCACGGUAACAGAGGUUGCCAAGUUUUCACACGGUUUCAAUUAUAGUCCUCCAAGUCUGGUGCAUAAUUUUUUUUUACGUUUGUGUGGAAUUUGGCGCGCUGGAAAAGUUUCCAGACAGCAAUAUCAAUUGAUUUUAAUUUGUAACCCAUCCUGUAAACGCGUGAGUCGGUCGGUGUGAUUUGAUUUUGCUGUUGUAAGUGUUGUUAACGGUGAAUAAAUAUGCCAACUGAACACGCUUCAUGGAACUGGAUUGUUAAAAAGAGGAGUAAUUCGCUUUCCGUUUUUUUUUAUUCACGCCAACAUUUUUUUGUGAUUGAAGUGGGCUGUCGCCGAACGAAAUUGUAAGAGCAUUUCAGUCUGCCACGAAUACAGAAAAAGUGGUUGCUUUGUAUAACGACGCUCCCUCCUUUGAUGUCCUGCUAUUUAUGCUACAUAUGAUUAGUUCUCGAUUCGAUUUUUCUGUCAGUUUCGUUUACCCUUAGAAGGAAGUGAAUUGACUAAUUGAUUUUCAAUUGGAACAGAAAUGAUUGUUUUAUGUGAUGCCGCAUUAUCAGAGCAGUGCUUAAAAAAACGUUUUUUAAGAUUUUUUUUUUACACUUGGAUCGAGAUUUCAAAUCUGUAUGAUCAUUUUAAUCACGUUUUUGGGUCAUUCAGUUAUCACACAUUCGAUGUCUUAUUUAUCCCUUCAUUUGAUUCAUUUCCAACCGUUUAUUUCCCUCCGUUAAAAUCACGUUACCUUGCGGAAGAAAAGACACGUGCGAGCCAACACGCUUUCUCAUCAAGCUUUGCUCCAACCGCACUUGCGUUCGCUUUCUCAUCCCUUCAACCAAACUGUUCGAAUGUAUUAAUGGAUUUAUUGAAACGCGGAAUGAUUGUUUUUCAACGGGCAGUGUGAACGGCCUUAGGCCAUGCAGCUCGUUUGUCUUUUAUUUUGUUGACGUUUGUUCACGUUAAAAUGAGCUGGAGCCCUCGCUACCAUCUCGAUGAUGACGUCAGUCAUGAUUAUCCCAAUUCCGGAAUAAAUGCUGCGCGUGUAUCCGUUGAACUCUGGUAGAAAACGCUGCCGUUGUCCAAUUUGGACUCCCCGCAGGACAGCGUGGCCUGCCAGCAUGUUGCUUCGUGAAACAGCAGAGCAGGGUGAGGCAAGUUGAGGAGUGUUUGGUUGCAAAAGGGGAUUUGAGUGAGGGCGUUUCAGGCUGUUCUCUGGACUGACAUGUCUGAUGUUGUUCCCGGGAUCAACCACAAAUCCACAAAAACCCAUAUGGAAAUAAAUGGAUAUUAUUUCAGAAAAUUAGGUUCAAGGUAUUGAUUUAUCAUUUAGCUGUUCUGCUUGCUCGCAUAUUUAAGAACGGAUUACGUUUUUAUUGCAUUUUGAUGCUGCAUGGUUGAGCUCUGUUAAUAAAUGUGACUGAUUCUUUUCUCAUUUACUCAUUAUUCAGGGGAUACCUUAGUGUUUGUGCCGUACUUAUUGAAUGAUUAUUACUUUUGAAAUUAAAAAAAAAAUCAUACCAAAAGCCAUGACUGAUUGAUUAAUUGAAAACUAUAAGGUAACUACAGAAUUUACAUUUCAAUAGUUCCAAAGAAAUAAAUGAAGAUCAGUAAAUAUACCACAAGGCUAAAAUACUAAAAUACUUGAUGCCCAUUUUUACAUUAUUGGCUAAUGUGAUUGCUUUACUAAAGAGUUCCAGUGUUGGUCCAUAAACAAAAAUUCUCGCUUCAAAGGCACAGAUGAAGAAGAAACUGAGCUGCACCGCCAUGCCCAAAAUGGCUCAACUUGUGCUUUCCUAUUUUAUUGCCUCUGUUAAGACAGCACCUUUGUAUAUAGCAAUUAAUACCUGAGGCACAACGCCUGCAGCGUUUCAACACAGCAAAUCCUGACAAUUAAUUGUCACAACAGCAAUCUAAGGAGAAAAUAAGAAGCAGUAGUGUAAAAUGUUGCCCCAGAAACUGAUAUCGGCUGCUUAAGUGCCUACACAGGAAGGCUUUAAAAAUUGCAGAAGGUUUGUCAAAAUCAGGCUAUAAAUGCACACUUUUGGCUACGGACGACCAUCUUUUUCAGCAGUUGGGAAGAAAAUAAUUUGGCUCCCUGCACUCUGGUCCUUUGCUGCUCACAAUCGUCAUCUAAUUUUAGAGCGGUCUCAUCACUUUGGGGGUCAUGGACUUCAGACAUGGGCUCUUGCAAGUAAGUCAGCUUGUAGGGUUUGUUUUUUUUUUCCUACUGCUUAAAUGUCUUGAAUAAUGCACUUGUUUGUAUGCAAUCCACGGACAUUUUGCCUCGCAUAUAUAAGCUACUGUAGUCUGGUACCUUUCAUACUCGGUGGAAAUCGAUGACAAAAAGAAGCAUUUGAUUUA